CUGUUUAUCCAACCAAGGAGUAGAAUCCUGCCGCCGCCUUCUUCUUCUUCACAUAUCCUGAUAACGUCGCCUCCAUUAGCGAGAGAGAGAGGGAAAGCAAGGAGGAAAAAACCAUGGCAAUGGCGGGUCGAGCUCUGCUUCUGCUGAAAGGAGCAGUACCCACGAACCAUCGCCGUCUCCUCUUCACCCGCAACAUCGUCACCUUCUCGAACUCCAUCCCUCUUGUUCUUCAUGCCAGACCCGACAGAGCAAUCAUCCGUAGCUGCUCAACCUCGAAAUCUCCCUCCUCCUUCUCCUCCUCUCUCGAGCCUCCGGACUUGCCUCGCUUGGCUGAAACUGCCCGCAUUUCUCUCACCCCCCAGGAGAUUGAAGAGUUCACUCCGAAGAUUCGACAAGUGGUAGAUUGGUUUGGACAGCUUCAAGAUGUGGAGCUCCAAAGCAUCGAACCCGCAUUAAGAGCAGAUACUGACAGCAACCAAUUGCGUGUGGAUGUUCCCGAAACGUUUGACAACAGGGAGGCCUUGAUAUCUUCUGUUCCAAGCUACAAUGAGCCAUUUAUUAAAGUCCCCAAAGUUUUGAACAAGGAGUCGGAGUAGAUUCAUCCGUCUCCAGGGGGUGGCAUUGGCGUCCAAGAACUUGCUCCUGUCUAUGAUUGAACUCGACCAAUCAUCCAUGCUUUAGCAUCUCACAGUUGACGGCAGUAUUCCACUCCACCUUUCAGACAUAUUAGUGCCACUGGAGUAAGCUAAGAUUUUUCAACAUGAGGCAAGAUGUGAGUCCUCCAUAGGGUCGAUUCUUGUUUGGAUACUCAUAAUUAUUUAACAUUAUUUGUUAGAACUUAUUGAAGUAGAACAUGAAGCUGGCAGUGUUAAUCGUAGUGUUGGGGAGUGCUUAUCCGACUUUUCCAAGUCGAUCACCGAUUAGAUGAUAUGUUUGGUCUGGCAUUGCUGUAAUGAAUAAUGAUGUGUAGCAACUAUGGCUUUACCUUGGUGCUUACAAGGUGGUAUGAUAUUUCACUUUGCAUUUCAAAGAA